AACACACUCUAAAUAUGUGCUUUUACUGCCAUCUAGUGUCUAUUUUUAAGUAUGUGUGCUAUAAAACAAAUAAAACAUCAGUACAGUAUGAUUUACCUUUUUUUUUUGGCUUUUUUUAGGUCAAAGCUAAAAGAAGCACUGAAAACUAGGGGUGUGAAUCUUUGGGCACCUAACGAUCCGAUUCCGAUUCCUGGGGUGACGAUUCGAUUCAGAAUCGAUUCUCGAUUCAAACCGAUUCUCGCAAUAUUUUAUUUGGUGUAAUUACAAUAAAACUCUUUCAAAACAGGUUACAAGUUUCGAAAAGCAUCUUUUGGAUGCAUGAAGAUGGUUUCAAAAAUAGAUUUUUAUUCAAAUAAAAAAUUUAAAAAUAAAUAUUCUUUAGAUUAUUAAUCGAUUUAAAAUCGGGAUGAAUAAGAAAUGUGAUUCGGAUGUGAAUCGAUUUAUUUGUGCACUCCUACUUAAAGCAUUGGUAACAUAUACUUAAAAUCACAGGUUGAUUUAAUGUUAUUGGAAGAAAUAAGCCUUAAAACAUCGCAACUUUUUUUUAAAAAGCUGCCGCGAAUGCAGUCCUUUUUAGGGCGCAGCAAUCACAAACAAAAACCCUCAAAAUCCUUGAGGGACUGAGUAUUAUGUCCCAAUUGUCAGAGAACUUCCCAGCUCAGUAUUGUCAGGACUUGAUCUUGAGAGUUUGCUUUUCCAGGAUGCAGCGGAAAGUUGGCACGGGCGAGACGGGAAUGGAGGUACAUGAUUUAUUUAUUAACUAUAAAUACAAAAAAAAAGGAUCAAACAAAAAGCGCGCACAGUGGCGGAGAAUAAACUAUGAACAAUUAAACAAAAAACAUUAACUGUGGCUUGACAAACAAAAACUUACUUUGCAUGGAACCGGCAUGAAAAAAGAGUUAGAGGCAUGAACAGAGCAUAAAUAUGGUGCGGUAUGGGGUGCGAGGUCGUCAGAAAAACAAACUGAAAAACACUGAACUUAAAUACUACAGACAUGAUUAACGAAAACAGGUGCGUGACUCAAGACGUGAAACAGGUGCGUGACGUGACAGGUGAAAACUAAUGGUUGCUAUGGUGACAAGACAAGGGAGUGAAAAGCCAGAAACUAAACAAAACAUGACUUAAAACAAAACAUGAUUACACAAACAUGACAAGUAUUGUGCUAGAAGAUUCCAGUCGAACAUGGACGGUGUCGCCAUGGCAACUGUGUGUGUGUUCCAGGCUAAGUGAGUCGGGCGUGUCCCUCUGUCCUUCAUGGGCCCGUCUUUCCGGUCCACGUGAUCCGGGACCCGAGACUCCAAAAGCCAGCAAAGCCUCUUUGCUCAACUUCCCGAGGACGGGGCGGCGAGGGCUGCGCUGCGAUUGGCCGAGUGCGGGCGAGAGUGCCAUGCGGAUUGGAGGAUGUCGGGCGACUGGGAUGAAGACCUGUGCAAGAAGGCGCUGAUGUUGGUGGAGGAGCUCUGCCUCAACUCUCCACGCGGGUACAGCCAGAGCGAACUGUGCCAGGAGUUCAACGACCUGCUGAGAGGACGCAACCGACAGCUGGACGCAGAGAUCUCCGUCAGUCUGCUGUCCGUCAUCGUCACCUUCUGCGGCAUCGUCCUUCUCUCUGUGUCCCUCUUCGUCUCCUGGAAGCUCUGCUGGUUGCCAUGGCGAGACAAGGAGGGCGGUGGCCUGAGCCUGACCUCGGGCUUGCUCCCCGGGAGCGCCGGCGUGGGGGGUCUGGGCGGCACCGGAGGCUCGUCCUUCUUGCCCCCGCUGCUGCAGAGGAAGGAGGGCCAAUCGUCCUCCUCGCUCUACCCGUCCCUCGGCCAGCAGGGGCAGCAUCACCCUCACUUCUCUGACCUGGUGGGGCUGGAGAGGGGCGAGGUUGGGGGCGUGGUCGGGGGCCCGAAUGAGACGCAGGAGCACUCGUACCUGGACAUGGACUCGUACCCCAACAAUGCUGGAACCCUAAAGCUGAGCCAAACGUCUCCAGACGUACCCAACUCGGAAGGGGGCGCGCACCCCCAUAAAGACCUGCCCAACGCCGUCUCUCAGCAGCAGGUCACCUCCAGGCCCAAGCCCAUGACUCAUCAGCUCUCCAGCCCCGACUUCCACGGCGAGGAGAAGGAGCAGGUGACCAGCAUCGGGCAGAUCAAACCGGAGCUGUACCGGCCCAAAGGCGACCAGGGCGACGGCAAGCAGGGCGACAACUGCGGCAAGAUCAGCUUCCUGCUGCGCUACGCCUUCAACACGGAGCAGCUGGUGGUAAAGAUUCUCAAAGCGUUGGAUCUUCCCGCCAAGGACGCCAACGGCUUCUCCGACCCUUACGUGAAGAUCUACCUGCUGCCCGACAGGAAGAAGAAAUUCCAGACCAAGGUCCACAGAAAGACCCUAAACCCGGUUUUCAACGAGACCUUCCAGUUCGGCGUACCGCUGAACGAGCUACAUUCCAGGAAGCUGCACUUCUCCGUGUACGACUUCGACCGCUUCUCCAGACACGACCUGAUCGGUCAGGUGGUCGUGGACAACCUGCUGGACUUUAGCGAGGGCAGCGGGGACAAGCCGGUCUGGAGGGACAUCGUGGAGGGCACGGUGGAGAAAGCCGACCUCGGGGAGCUAAACUUCUCUCUCUGCUACCUGCCAACCGCCGGAAGACUCACAGCCACCGUCAUCAAGGCCACCAACCUGAAAGCCAUGGACCUGACUGGGUUCUCAGACCCCUAUGUGAAGGCCUCCCUGAUCUGCGACGGGCGCCGGCUGAAGAAGAGGAAGACGUCCAUCAAGAAGAACACGCUGAAUCCCACCUACAACGAGGCGCUGGUCUUUGACAUUCCCAACGAGAACAUAGAGAGCGUGUCCAUCAUCAUCGCCGUCAUGGACUACGACUGCAUCGGCCAUAACGAGGUGAUAGGCAUGUGCCGCGUGGGCAGCGAUGCUGACGGUCCAGGGAGGGAGCACUGGACCGCUAUGUUGGCCAAUCCACGCAAGCCAAUAGAGCACUGGCAUCAGCUGGUUGAGGAAAAAGCAAUCGGUACGUUUGUGUCAAAGAGCGAAGCGUCCCCUUCCGCCAAGCCGCACAUCGUGGUGGACAGUCCUCACUCCGAUUAAAGCUGUCGCGUCUCCGCCCGCAGACUUUUCCUUUUUCUCCUCUCAUCUGUGAAUACAUCUUUCCAUCAAAGAGAGACUCGCAGACAAAACAACACCCUCGUCACGUCACAUUUCAAGCCGUAGCUGCAACAAACACACACUCACUUUGCUGUACGUGCGUAGUUGACGUGUAGUAUUUGGUAGGAGGAGUGUGAUGUGAGACACUGUCCAACCGUGAGGACGGAACAAAAGAAAGCCAUCGUCCAAGUGGGGACCGACGCUUCACGCUCUCGUCAGAGAAGAAGAUGUGCAUAUUUUUCUUUUGGUGUACAGCCGGAGCCGUGCUGUAACACGCGCGUAGUACUUAGCGGGACCACUUGUCCAGGUGGACUGUGGACGUCGUCCCCCCAGGCUUAUUAAUCCGCCGGAGUGAAGGACGCGUGCGGCGGUCUUUAUUGAUGUCAAGUGCGGACAGACUGACUUUGGCCCGAGCAUGUUACUUUGAAACGUGUCCGUCUUCCUCACGCUUCCUGUGCCCGUCCCUACGUUUGUGCCAUUUUGUAUCAUCCGGGAUGAGAGACUCUUCCGAGGAUCCCCAAAGAACAUGUUUGGUUUCCCCCAUCAUGCUUUAGGGCAAUGUCCCCACGACGCCACUGAAGCAGGACGCACACGUCUGUGUUGCUUUGAUCAGUGUGUUGUGUGUUUUUGUAUUUGUGUGUGUGUGUGUGCGUGUGUGUGUAUGUCUUGGUGACUUUGUGUGUUUCUGUGCUCAUCACUUCCCCCGCCCCUUUUCUCGCCCAAACCUUCCGCACGUCUCCGAGUACUGAUGUGCAUUACCACUGAUAUCGGCGAUAUCGAUCCGAUACCGUUACUUUGUGCAAAUACCGUAUUUUUCAGACUGUAGAGCGCACCCACUUCAAUACAAUCCACUUUAUUUAUAUAGCACAUUUCAAAAAACAGACCGGGGGUGGUGGUUCCUCUCUUUAAAAAGGGGAACCGGAGGGUGUGUUCUAACUAUCGUGGGAUCACACUCCUCAGCCUUCCCGGUAAGGUCUAUUCAGGUGUACUGGAGAGGAGGCUACGCCGGAUAGUCGAACCUCGGAUUCAGGAGGAACAGUGUGGUUUUCGUCCUGGUCGUGGAACUGUGGACCAGCUCUAUACU